AUGGUAAGUGAUAGGAGAAGCAACACGCCUUCAGAUGCUACCAGAGAUGGUGUAGAAAGAGUUCGACCUUUACAUGGGAGGACAAGUGGCCCCACAAGGCGUUCCACAAAGGGACAAUGGACUCCAGAAGAGGAUGAGAUACUGCGAAUUGCUGUUCAACGUUUAAAUGGGAAAAACUGGAAAAAGAUAGCGGAGUGUUUCAAGGACCGAACCGACGUACAAUGCUUACACAGAUGGCAGAAAGUUCUUAAUCCAGAACUUAUCAAAGGUCCAUGGUCGAAAGAGGAGGAUGAAAUAAUAAUUGAUUUGGUGAACAAAUAUGGGCCAAAAAAGUGGUCUACCAUUGCACAGCAUCUUCCAGGACGUAUUGGAAAGCAGUGUCGGGAAAGGUGGCACAAUCAUCUUAAUCCCGGAAUAAACAAAGAAGCUUGGACACAAGAAGAGGAAUUGGCUUUGAUUCGUGCCCAUCAAAUUUAUGGAAACAAGUGGGCGGAGUUAACAAAAUUCUUGCCUGGAAGGUCCGACAAUGCUAUAAAAAAUCAUUGGAACAGUUCUGUCAAAAAGAAAUUGGACAUGUUUUCGGCCUCAGGCUUACUUUCACAAUUCCAAGGUCCACCUAUUGUCGGCCAUCCCAAUCAAUCAGCGGCAUCUUCUUCUUCUAAGGUGCAACAGAGUAGUGAAGAUGAUAGUACCGUUAAAGAUGGAGUAGAAGGGGAGGACGUUUCUGAAUGCAGUCAGGGUUCAAAUGUUGUUGGUUUUUCUCUAUCUACCAAUGACAUGGUCAACACAAUUGUACAGAAUGGAGGGGACUGCAGAGUGUCUGAAGAACUGAGUCAUGAAAUAGAUCCAAGCUCCAGUCUACUGCCAUAUUCUGAAGAUUAUCGUCCAGCUUUCCAAGAGACUACAUUUUCCAUGCCUGAAGUUCCUUGUGAAAUAGGUGGCUCUACAAAAUUUCUUGAACAGGAUUUUUCUCUAGAUUGGGGGACUCUUGCAGGAAAAGAUUGGCAGCUUAAUCCAAAUGAGUUACCUGAUAUAUCUUUGGUGGAUCUGGCUCAAGAAUCAUCAGGACUGUUCAUACAAGCUUUAAUUGGCAACAACAAUCAUGAAACAGUACCCUUUCAACCUGAAACUUGUAUGGACUUGAGUGCUUCUACUUCCAUGGCAAAUGUGACUGUCAGUACUGAUACACCUAAUCAAAUAGUUAAUUCAGAUUGCAUAAUGAUGUACCCUGAGCCUGGACAUGAUGGAUGUUGUCCCUCUAAGAGUGUUGUUAACUGUAUUGAUGGGCCUACAGAUUCAUCACAUUACCAGUCUUCAAAUUUUCAGAUCCCUGAAAAUGGAACUUUUGCUUCACAAUCAUGCUGUUCUAUGAGGUCUGAUAUGAUGGGAACGUCAUUUAGCCUACCUCCCCCAGUUUCUACACAACCUCCUCCUAAUGAUGGUUCACUCAUUUUUCUUAUCGAUUCAAAUCAGUUCAUUGAUUCCUCACAUGGAAACGCAGAGCAGGGAUCUGUUCAAAGUAUGCAGAAUGGCUUUGUUUAUGCUAAUGAGUCUGGCUUUUUUCCUCGUGAUGAUGGAUCUGAUAGCAUGGGUGUGAAAGAGCAACAAGAAGAGGCAAAAGAUGUGCCAAAAUUAGUUCCUGUUAAUGAUUUUGGCUCAGCACUAAUGAAUGACAUUCAAAGUGAUUCAUCCUUGGAUAAAGAUCCAGUUGUAACAGAUGAACACAGGGAUUCAGGAGUUCUAUUCUAUGAGCCUCCUCGUUUUCCAAGUUUAGAUAUUCCAUUCUUCAGUUGUGAUCUUAUACAAUCUGGCGCUGAUAUGCAGCAAGAGUACAGUCCACUUGGCAUCCGCCAGCUGAUGAUAUCUUCCAUGACUCCAUUCAAGUUGUGGGACUCACCAUCCAGGGAUAAUAGUCCAGACGCUGUUCUGAAAAGUGCUGCCAAAACCUUUACAGGGACGCCAUCUAUACUGAAGAAAAGACACCGUGAUUUGGUGUCUCCUUUGUCAGAAAAGAGAGAUGAAAAGAAGCUUGAAAGUGGUUUAAAGCAUGAAUCAUUUUCCAACUUGACCAGUGACUUUUCUCGAUUGGGGGUUAUGUUUGACGAGUGUGUAGACCAGAAAGGGUCAAUAAUGGUAUUAUCACCAGAAGACAAAAGAAAUUGUGAAGCCCAUUGUGUAGAAAAAGAAAAUAUGGACCCUACCUUUGCAAAGGGGAAACAAGAGGGCAAUGGAAGCAUGGAAAUUUCAGAAGGCAGAAUGAUAGAGAAACAGUUCAACAGCAGUGAGGCUUUGAAAGCUAUUACGGGUGUCAAUAAUAAGGCUGGAGGCAAUGAUGCAGUGGAAACUGUAAAAGAGUUAAAUGGAAUCCUUGUUGAACAUGAUACAAAUGACUUGCUAUUCUUCUCUCCUGAUCGUUUUGGAAUUAAGAGUGAUAGUUUAAGUGCUAAGGCUCUUGGAAAUAAAUUAUCUAGAAGACUAGAUUCUGCAUCAAAACAUGUAGCUAUUUUAUCUUCGUCAGAGAUUCCCUCUCUGUCUGUUGUUUACUCUCCUCGGAUGUGUGCCAAGAAGGAUGGGACUAAGUUGGCAAUAACUUCAUCUCUACCAUCAAGUUCUUUGGAGAAUAAGGAUGAAAAUUCUAGCAAAGGUGUACAUAUUGAAAACAAAAGCACAUUUGAAGGCACACCUUUCAAAAUAAAUAUUGAAUCUCCAUCAGCUUGGAGAUCCCCUUGGUUCAUAAAUUCUUUUCUACCAGGCCCCAGAGUAGAUACUGAUAUAACAAUUGAGGACAUUGGCUAUUUUAUGAGCCCGGGGGACCAAGGUUAUGAUGCCAUUGGGUUAAUGAAGCAGUUAGGUGAGCAGACUGCUUCUGCAUUUGCAGAUGCCCAAGAAAUUUUGGGUGAUGAAACUCCUGAAACAAUAAUGAAAGGGAAAUGCAUUAAAAACCGGGAAGCAGAUAAAGAGAACGUUGGCAGUCCAAAUUGCCAGACAGCAUAUCGUUCUCUCUCGACUUCAAAUGUACUGACGGAGAGGCGCACGCUUGAUUUUAGCGAAUGUGAGACACCCCAAAAGGAAACUGGAAACUUCUCAAGCAGCAUCAGUUCCUCCAGCCCCUCUUCAUAUCUGUUGAAAAGUUGCAGGAUUAUGCUUGGUUAUAACAUUCUUGCACUGUGUUGCUCCCUCCCCACCACCACGGCCACCGUCUCUUGCAUCAUUUACGUCGAGGCUGAUACUUGA